UUCGUAUGACUCAUAAGUUAAUGCUCAAAUGCGUGCAUAUACAGAAAGCAAUGUAAUCGAGUAGGUCUGUUGAAUGGGAGUGACUCGUCAUGUGAAAAUGCCAAGAGUCAUGACGCAGAAGUGUCGUUCUGUUUGUUGAGCCGCGAGAGCUUCUGCCAUGUGUUCUUCCGGCUGUCCAACUCUCCCAUCUCCAGUUUGUGUUUGUGUCACGGUAGACCUCGACUUCGCACUCGUACCUUUCUUUCCUGCGCAUAGCUCAAACUCACCUGUACUCGUCGCGGAAAUGUCUUUUAUUUCGGAUUAUGUCGAUAUUGGACAACCUGUCUUUUGGUUGUCUGCGGCUAGCAUCGCAUUCAACCCUUUGUUCUGGAACACGGCCGCUAGAUCAGAGUACCACAACAAAUCCAUCACCAAGCUGUUUGGCGGCAAGUCGCUUUACGGCUGCUAUGCCCUCGCCGUGACAAUCUUCUCCCUUGGAAUCGUUCGAGACAGCAUCUACGAACGCGCCCUUCGCUCCCAACCCACUCACCCCCUGAUGCAAGGUCCUGUCGCCGAAGCACUAGCCGUUGCUCUGUUCGCCAGUGGUAACGUCCUCGUCCUCACAUCAAUGUACGCACUCGGCGUCACCGGCACUUACCUCGGCGACUACUUCGGCAUGCUCAUGGACGACAUGGUGACGGGAUUCCCGUUCAAUGUCUGCUCUGCACCCAUGUACUAUGGAUCUACUCUCAGCUUCCUCGGCUCGGCAUUGUGGUUUGGCAAGCCUGCUGGCCUUGUGUUGACUGGACUGGUAUUCGUGGUUUACAAGAUUGCUCUGACAUACGAGGACCCCUUCACUGCAGGCAUCUAUGCCGAGAGGGAGAGAAAGCAAAAGGCCGAGGGCAAGAAGGCUCGUUGAUGGCUAUAAGGUCACCGUGAGGAGUAUGGAAGGCGAGAGACGCUUCUGUGCGAGAAGAGAAGGGGCAGACGGUUCAGGGGGAGAACAGGGAAAAGGAGAUGGAGGAGUUUCAA